CUUUCACAUUUCUAAACUUAUGUUUGAUAUCGUCUUUGAAAGAUGGCUUAUAUAACUAUUCCAUACCAUGUUUACAGACAUUCAACAGCUGAUAACAUGCUUAUUGAUUUUAUCUCUCUCAAAAAAAAAAUACAACAGGUUCACUAUUUACACUAUAAACAUUUUCAGUGGCCAGUCUUUAGUUACUGGUUAAGAAAAGAAGGUGAGGGAGAAAAAGAGGCUAACAAUGGGUGAAAUGAAGAUUUCGGGACAUGUGAUGACAGAGAGAGGAGGGCUGUCUGCUCACGCUGAGAGGCUCCAACUCAUUCAGCCUGACGCAUUGGUCACGCAUGCUUUAGCCCUGUGUUUGUGUGUGGGAGCGAGCCGUGGAGAUAGAAGGGUUGGGAUUGUGCCGUUGUUUAAAGACUGAACGUAUUAGUGGCAAGAAUUGAUCAGGCUUGUGUGUCCCUCUCUGGAUCAGGCUUGUGGGAAACGAUGUCGCGUCGGUUUCCUGAUUUCCACCCACAGGUUAUUGUCCAACUCAAACACAGACAUACGCGCAGACGCCCUGUACCUGCACCUGAUCUGCCGGACCAUGACCUCAUUCCAGGAAAAGGAAGAGAAUCACCUGACGGGCUCAUUUAUGUAAUCAGCUGUUCAUGUGACUGAAGGCCACAGGGUGGAUGUCUGAUGCCUCGGGCUGUGAUUGGUGCACGAGACUCGUAUGUAAAUGCGCACGCAUGCAAAGAGGUCAAGUUUAUGCUGCUCUUAUCUCUCGUGUCGCAGUCUUACAAGUAGCCCUUUGUGUCAUCGGAGGGUGUAGAGCGCAAAGAGUGUCCCGUAACCCGAGAGCGACAAAAAAAAAAAGCGGAAAACAAGCCGUAAACUACCUGGAAAAAGGGGGGAGGUUCCUGAUCCGUCAGCACAACAAGGCAGGGCGGGGAGAGCAAGAGUGAGAGAGGUGUUUCUGUGUGGGUGAGAGACAGAGAGAAGGAGGAGGGGUGGAGACAGAGAGGGGGGUGAGAGAGAGAGAGAGAGAGAGAGAGAGAGAGAGAGAGAUCGCUAGCAGUCCCUCAGAUCUUGGCGAGGACACCCAGGAGAAGUGCAUUCCCGAAGUGGCGGCAUCCUUUAUGCCCCUACGUGACCGAGUCAGACCGCCUCUGACCUCAGGACUCUGGACUCUUACACCCACACACACACACACACCCUCUCGCUGACUCGCACGCCAGAGCGCACAACUGGCCCUCCUGCUCUGUCACAAGUAAAGGAUUUCCCCCCGGAGCGAGGAGAAGAGACGGCUUGAAUAAGAAGACAGAGCGAGAGCACUCAAAGGCACAGAAGAGAAAGGAGAAAGACCCUCCCAGUCGAGUCUGACAUGCAGUGUUGAGUUGUGGAGUCGAGCCAAGCUGAAGUGAUCUGUUCUGAAGACCGUCGUGCCCUUCAGCUCUUCCCGCCUGGUCCCUGAUGGAGCUCAAAGUGUGGGUGGACGGAGUGGUGCGGGUGGUGUGCGGCCUGUCUGAGGACACGUCCUGCCAGGAUGUGGUCAUCGCUCUGGCCCAGGCCAUUGGUCAGACAGGCCGUUACGUUCUGAUCCAGCGUUUAAGGGACACAGAAAGGCAGCUGUUGGCCACAGAGAAGCCUCUGGAGUCUCUGGCUAAAUUGGGCCAGCAUGGAGGUGAAGUCCAGUUCUUCCUGCGCCGCACCGGCCCUAGCAGCAGCGACGGACCCUCCUCCAAACAGGACAGGCCGAGCCCCCCUCCGCUGCCUAAGCAUCCUGAGCCAGAGCUUUCCAAACGAGGCCAGCCUAAGAAAGCACUCACCUUUAACCUAGGACCAUCCACUUCCCCUAGAACCAAAGCCAAACAGUUUAAGAGGUCCGCUCGGGACUCUCCGGAGCAAAGAGCCUCCCCCUCCCCGUCUCCGAGUCCCGUUUCCCCUCACGUGCUGUCCCCAUUGCCAUCACCGCCCAUAGGCCCGUCCAAAGAGGAGGUCAUCAGGAACGUUUUUCAGCAACAGGAGAGACUAAGGGCCAUGGAGGCCCAGCUAGAAGCUCUAGAGAGGGAGUCACACACCUGGGAGCGCCCCUACUCCUCUCCAUGUCCUUCACCCGUUCCCCACGCUCACGUGCAGGAAGAGAUGAACACUUUGGAGCUGGCGGCGCGGAGGAACCAGGCGGAGCUGGCCCACGAGCAGUUCUGGGAGGAGGAGCUUGAGGCUGAGGUGGAGAGGGAGCGAGGUAUGAGGAAGAAGCUGGGGGAGCUCCAUGCCACGCUCGACGACUGCGGGCGGCGGCUCCACGACUUCUCCGUCCGCUCCGCGCAGCUCGAGCAAGAGAUCCAGAGGGAAAGCCAGAAGGAGGGUAAAGCCAACGGGCCCGAGGAAUCUCUGGAUGCCGUUAAGGCCGAGCUCCAGAGCCGGGAGAAUCAACGGACUGAGCUGGAGGAGCAGCUGUCUGAGACCGACAGGGCUCUUGGGAAAGCAGAGUCUUUGAUGCAGGACAAGCAAGACGAGCUGGAGGAGCUGAACAAGGAGCUGAGGCAGUGUAACCUGCAGCAGUUCAUACAACAGACAGGUGUCCUGCCAGCGCACACCCACUCGCGCACAGAGCUUCAGGAGCAGCUGGAGCAGUUAGAACUGGCCCAUUUUCUGCAGGAUGGGUACAGGAAUGGAGGCCUCAGUGCAACUCCAACGGAAACACCGCCCCGCCCCACUGCCAAACAGUUCCUGGGCCAUCCACGCAACCUGCAAAACCCUCUAGUGUCCAGUCUCAACCCCGAGGUCGUGACAUCCCGAGAGUCGUCAUGGAGAUAAAACACGGACCGCAGGGCCAAAGGAAAGGUGUUCACUGCUGUAACCUCUGUCACCGUAACCUCUGCUUAACCCCUUUGUGACUCAUUUAUUUAAUCAACCAUGAUAUACAUACUGUAUAUACAUAAGACAAAUAUAUUUACAGUUUUGCUACUGUAAACACUGCGAAGAAUCUGAAUGAAAUGUAAAAUAAUUUAGAGUCAUUUUACCUAGAGCAAUUAUUAUCACUGUAUAUUUAAAUAUAAUAAAAAUGUGCAUUGUGUUUUAGCUAAUAAUUUGUUGAGUGGUGGUUUUUCUUGGCGCCCUUUUGGAGGAGUCACAUUUUAUUACAAUUAUUGUUACAGAUACAGUUGCUGUGAGUGUAGGUAAUAAAUAAAUAAUUAACACACCAGUGUGCACUCUGGCC